AUGUAUUUAUAGUGUGCAUAAGGGAACGGCUUUACUUCCUCGUUGUAUACAGUCCAUUACGGGGACACACUGAAACAUGGCUGGUGUCUUUUUGGUGUGUGUUUCUGUUGUCUUUAUUGCUGUGUUAGACAGUGGCUACUCUCAUCAUUUCCAACAUGAUACUAACUUUGAGACGGACCAAGGUGAGCACGUGUAUCACCUCACUAGCUCAGGACACACGCGAAAUAUCAUCAACCUCGAUGACCAGUCCAAGAUAAAGGGUACCAGGUGUAAGGAUACAGUUUUGGUUGUUGUAACCUUUGACCCGGAAACAAUCGAAACAUGGAACAUUGGGGAUGUCGUAAUAGGGAAAGCUACACGAGAGUGCUACAAAGGUGACGGAGGAAACCACGCAUUACGACACGUGCUAGAAAUGACCUUGAAAAGAGACAAUCGCGUGGAGCUGUCUACUGAACCACUUGAGUUUGCAAAUUUAUUUGAGACUUUCGAUGUCAAUCUUCACUACCUUGGACCCCACACUCGUGUCAAGCGAAGAACCGCUGGAAUUCCCUCGGCUAUUGUCGGAGCAAUCAACUUUAACACAAAUUUUACAGAAACGAUUAGUUUUAAUCCCGGCAACAAAGUAUUUGGUAUACAGAAAUUAGCCACAGAAACAUCUCCAAAUGUGUUUUCCGACACCAGCCUGCCUGCUGUCACUGACGACACGGUAUUCCGCGUGGCUUGUGAGUCAUGUUCUGGUGACAUUUCUACGUCAUACAGACUACAAUUAAAGCUUACCCGUACUGCCGAGAAAAAGGCUGAACUGGAAGCAUUUGUUUCGGAGAUAUCCGGAAUGGUACAAGAGCAGCUGACCAUAUCUGUAAAGUCAACAAAAGAAGCCUCCAGUUUUCACAGCGCUGAUAUACUAGACACAGGCGUGGUUGAUCUAGUGACCAUUCCUUUGGCGGUACUGCCCGAUCUACCGCCUCUGAACCUCACGAUACGGACGCAGCUAGUGACGUCAAUUUCCGUCGAUAUGAUUGCCACAGGCCCCAUGGAAUCAAGAAUAAAUCUUCAGGAAAGCGGACAAUUCGAUGUAUUUCAUUCGCGGGGAUCUGAUGACAAGAUGCUUGUAAAUGCUACAUUUACAAACUGGAGAUUCACUAAAAGUAAUACGACCGUCCUAGAUACGGAGGACAUUGUUAACGUAACAGCUACAGUAACCAAUAAGCUACGAUUUAUUCCAACCAUGUCAUGGUCAGAAAAAGAUGUCUUUUGGCGAUUUGAGUCCCCAACAAUAUACAGCAAAUCAACGCAUCUGCAUGCGUUUUCCUCGGUUGAUGACCAAGAAAUAUGUUCAUUUGCGGUGGCAAAUUCAACAGGAAGAAUAGAAUUAGAAAAGUUGACAGUGGAUGUCACGGCAUUCAACGUUCCACUGUGUUGUGGAGAUAUUGGGCUGAUCAAACAGCUUGGAAAUAUCUCCGAUUCAACGAUGAACGUUACGAAGAUUUGUAAAGCCUACUGCUCUGGGGAAGAAACCCCGGAGGUAUACGACAGUCUAGAAGAUGCCUGUGGGGAUCCAGGCGCUCAAGUCAUCGAUAAAACGAGUGCCCUUAAAGUACUUGACGAGUUAUUCGGAGAUGUAAUAAUAUUUCCGUCAGACGAGUCCACCAAUUCCGGCUGGUGUGGUAAUGUAUCUACAGCUUGUCCUGACUGUAGUGUCAAUGACGUCACCAAUAUUUGUGCAGACAGACUGGUAUCAUCAGAAAUGCAUACUGCCCUAACAAAGCUUGCUAAGCUAGUGAUAGCAGAAUGGCCUUCACGAAAACUGAUGAUAAACGAAGGAUGGGAUGAACCUACGGAACAAUACCCUGAUAGACAGCAUGGCAACACGUCACUUUACUACGAAGGUCGUGCGGCAGCCAUAGCGGUCACUCAAGAAAGUGACCUUGGGGAAUCCGAUGAUGAAGAGAUUAACCGGAGAUUCUAUCAGCUGAUCAAAUGUGCCGGAUUACAUAUAGGACACAGCCAAUCCGAUGGUUAUACGGAAGUAUGUGUUGGACAACCAGUUAAUAAUUUCCGCCGUAAAAGAUCGUUAAGGUCACGCAGAUCAACCGGAAGUAGCUUGGAUGUAAACUGCAAAAAUUCCAUAUGGCCGUGCCUUGAUUUGUUUCAAGAGAUUUUAUCAGACAUAGCUGUAGAUUCUACCAAGCUAUCAUCUCAACUAGGAAACCUAGAUUUAUUCCAGUCUGGUACUACAGAAUAUCCCUCAGAGAGAAAUGUGGAAGACAUAUGUGGGGACAUCGACGAAACCUACUCCAGAGAUAAUAUGAAGCAAAUGAAGAGACUUCUUCAAUAUCCCUAUGAUGAUUUUGAGUUCCCCUCCGAAGGCCCUAGUGGACAAGCGUGUGGCUCUAUCACGAGACGUUGUGUUCAAGAUACCUCAUACAGUUAUUCAACUGAUCCACUUCAAUGGCCAAGCAGUAGAAUGAUGACACCGAGACUGGCCUCAAGACUUCAUACCUUCUUCCUCUCUCUAUCAGAAACCGGUGUUAUAAAUCCAUGCGUCGAUUCAUUCAAUUACUGUAAGGGAGUCUGUAUACCAGAGGACUGGUCAUGUGCAGGUAACACACGGAAGAAACGACAAACUGAAAAUCAUCAAACACGAGAGCGAGGUUCAAGGACAAAGCGAUCAGCAGCAACAUCGGAGUUAACUCUGUCCAAAUACCAAAACAAUGGAAGAGCCAUACAGGUAGACCUGUCAGAUAUCAACGUUACGAUGGAAUAUGCUGCGAGUUUGGCAGUGUUGGCCGGGUUUGAUUUUGUUGCUAUCCGUGAAUCGUAUUUGGACCUUUACGUGAAAAAUCAGGCAGGGAUCAAGGCAAGCAUCACGCCUUUUCCUCUUGUUAAUUUAAUUGAUGCGAACCAUCCUACCAACAGCGGAGAGGAGUACGUUCUCUAUGACGAACUGUUACCAUUGUAUGACGGACAUAGGGCCGAGCAGAAGCUAUCUGACUGUUACACAAUAACAGAUAUUCGCAACCAAGGCUCACAAAACCGCUAUUUUCGAAUCGAUAGUUUGUUACUCCAGUGCUUGGAAGAAGCCAGUUAUGAGCAUGGAUCAUGUAUUCCAGUAGUCAAAGGAUCGGCUUAUAGAACCAAGUCUGUUAACGAUAUUAACAUAGACGAGAGACACAUUGAAGAGAGAAACAACUUUAUUCGCGGGAAAGCUGUGGAAAUCAUGCCUGCUAACACCGGAGACGACCCUUUAUAUGAAGUAGGACUAACGGUUAUAAGAACAUGCACUGCCAUUCUACGACUUAAGCAGAUGAAAAUUGGAAUAGGAAGUCACUCAGACCGCUUGUAUGUGGACAUCAGACAAAGUACUGGAUCACGGGAUCUUCUAACGUUAUGGAACGUUGACAAUCUUCAGUUGUACAACAAGAUGAAGCAGGUGCAUGACGACCUUUUUCUUGGUGGACCUAUAAUCAGACCGACUAAAAUUGACAAAGCAUGCAAGGAUCCAACUCUCGGGAAAUCACUGUAUUAUAUACGACAACCUUCAAGCGUAUUGAAUAUAUGCUUCAACAAUAAUCAUGGAUUCUGUGAGGACACCAAAGCAGCAAGAGAGAAAGCAGUAAAAGUACUGCUCGAUAAUCUCGUCAGUGUGGUUGGUUCCGGACAGCUAUCAGAAUCCAGUAUCCGAGAACAGGUCCUGAAAUGUUUCGUCAUUUACUGUGGAGGUUGUCUAGGGCGAGGCAAUAUAUGGAUAGACAAAACUAAGAGUUGUAUGUCGGUGGUGAAGACAUUCCUGUCGGCCUUGACCCUUCCAUUUGGAGGAAGCCUCCAUGACAAUGCCGUCUUCUACAACAUGGAUCCACGUGAAUCCAACAUCACCUCUGUUGCGUGUGACGGUGACAACAUUUGCUUGCAUGAUGUACAGUUUUACUCUGUCUUAAUGACGACUUUACAGGAAACCUACCAGCCAAACCUCGAUAAUGACGUAGAGGAGGCGCUUUAUGGACCAGCAGACAAUCCUCUUCCGGUACUGGAUCUUCUGGAACAGGAAAUGGCAAUGUCUGCAAGUGGCGUCGUGAAGAUUUACUUAGAAUCUAAGGAUGACCUUAGCGCACUUCUUCCCAUACUAAAGAUAUUGAUGACUUACAAUCGUAACGUUAAGGAGGUAGAGUUCCAUCUGACUGCUGGGAUAUCUCAUAGUUGGGUUAUCUCCUCUUUGAAGAAUAAGAUACUGAGAUGGUCCACAUCCGUCUGUCCCUCUCUCAGCAGAAUCGUCGUAACUCCGUACAAACUAAUCGACAUACCAGAAGAUCGACGAAAAAGAUCGACACACAAAACUCAAAAAACAAUUCGUUCAAAACUUCGAAAUGACGAACUUGCAUGGUUAAUCCGAAAUUAAAUUAUAAUAUGGAUUUUUCAAGUGUGUAAGUAAAUAUACAAUUGCUGGUAAAGGCCAUCAUCCAAAAUGCAACAGCAUAUUCGUAGCAACAGUAUGCAUUAACAAAGUGAGGCAAUUAUGUAACUUCAAUUCCGUAUGAUGUAAACUGAAAUAUUUCGCGUUUAAAAAUGUACUUAUUAAUAUAUUACAAUAAAACCUUGUUCUGUGCCACAAUAUAUCCAUCACAUUUAUGGCAUUGGGGAACAAUUGGAAUUAUAUCGACGAAUACGUAUAAAGGAAUUGUUGAGAAACAAUUUGUUUUUUUAAUAUAUGUUCUCCAUAACAUUUCUAAACAAAAAUAAAAAGCAGUGAACUUGGAAACGUCAUUCGUUCUACCUUUAUUAUAGGAAUAUCAUAUGUAUCUUGAGUAUCUCAUACAUAUUAAUCAAUGUUUAAACACAUCGAACCUUCAUUAUAAGAUUUUGGGAAGAAUUUAUAUGGUACCUGUUUCUUUCAACAUUCUUAUUAAACCAUUGAUUAUAAAAAUCUGGACGAUAUCUGCCAUUAUUCACACCAUUGUUUUUCUUUUUUUUUCUUUUUUCUAUCGUAUCUUUUUCUGUACUUACAAUACCAUCAAUAGUGAUGAAAAAUCUGAAGUGAGAAAUACAAUAUUAAUGUUUCGGAGUGGUUUUAUUGUUAUUGCUUUGUUUGCUUGUUAGAAACAUACGUUCACACUUAUACUUACUGACCAACUUAACUUUAUCUUUAGCUGUACAGCAUACAUUUAUCCAACGAAAAUAAAGACAUG